GAAAGCAAGCGGAAGUUUAUUUAUCGUGCCGGUGUGUGCGGUGUUGAGGUGAAACUCGCUGCUGUUUGUUUCGUCGAAAAAAAAUGUCUGACAACGAAGAUAAUUUUGAUGAUGGAGAUUUUGAUGAUGUGGAGGAGGACGAGGGGCUGGACGACCUGGAAAAUGUGGAGGAUGAGGAUCAGGAGAACGUACAGAUCCUCCCUGCAGGAGAAGGACAGCAGGCCAAUCAGAAGAGGAUCACUACACCGUACAUGACCAAAUACGAGAGAGCCAGAGUGCUGGGCACGAGAGCACUGCAGAUUGCGAUGUGUGCACCAGUGAUGGUGGAGUUGGAGGGAGAGACGGACCCUCUGCAGAUCGCCAUGAAGGAGCUCAAAGGCAGAAAGAUCCCCAUCAUCAUCCGGAGGUAUCUGCCUGAUGGGAGCUAUGAGGACUGGGGCUGUGACGAGCUUAUCAUCACGGACUAAACACACACACACACAGUCUCGGUAUUCUGACUGGAAAGGAAACACCAGUGAAUCUGUAAACGGUGAUUAAAGCUAAAACAUGCGUGUAAACUUAAUCAUCAGUAAGGGUCUCUGGUUUAAAAUAAACACACACCAGUAAACACACUGCAGCUCACACCCCUCAGUACACACGGCCCUGUACAAUAGCCUCAGUGUGUGCGCGCGCAGUGAAUUACUCUCUCCACUAGAGGGAGUAGUCACACUUUCAUUUUGAAAUGAAUUAUAGUUUGUUUUAUUAAAGUAACACAAUACAUCUUUUUGUAUAAAAGAUAUUCGGAGUUAUUACAUUUUAUUUAUCUCAAUAAAAGAGCUCAAUGUUUUUAAUAAAGCUGUACUUUCUUGAAGGAAUGUUGAAAUAAAUAAAGUGAUGGCUUGAGA